AUGUCGCGAUAUGGCCCCGUCGGGGACCACCGGGUGUCCCCCGACGGGAGCCGGAGCCGCUGCUGCCGAGCGUCGGCUGUGUCGCGACAGAGAGCGGGGUCUCCGGGAUGGUUCCCGUUCUCCAGAAACAGGGGGAAAAGAGGGAGAAAAGGCGGCGGGAGAGACCCGGCCCCGCUGCCGCGACGGCGGGGACCGGCCCGGGUUGGGGAGCGGCGGGUCCCCGUUCCUGGGGAUGGAGAACGGCCGCAGGGGGCUGAAAAGUCGCGUCCGGCCGCCGACUCCGCUCCCCGGACCCCAGCGGGCAGGGCCGGCGGCAGCAACCGCGGAGCGGCCGCAGGGACGGGCCGGGGGCUCCGGGACCUGCUGGGGCUGCGGGGCUGGCAGCGCUCCCCGGUGCCCGGUGCCCGGCUCCGGAGCCCCGGCGCUCCCGGUUCCCUGGGGCUCCUCGCGGCCUCGCUCCGGGGCAAAAACGCUCUCGUUCCCCGGUGCCCGGCUCCGGGCUCCGGCGCUCCCCGGUCCCCGUGUCCGGAGCUCCAGAGCAGCCGGUUCCCCUUGGCCCGGAUGUCCCGGGGCUCCGCGCCCGUCUCCAGGCUCGGACGGGACCGGGCUCGUUCCUGGGGCUCUCCCGUCGUUCCUUUGCGCUUUCCCAGCCCGGCCCGUGAGAAGGGCUGCAAAGGCUUCCAGGCGAUUCCCGCAGCCUGCAGGGUGCCCCCGAAAGCCCCGGAGGACUUGGGGUGCCCACUGACGGCACCCCUGGGCAGCCUCCGGGACCACGGGGUCCCCGAGCUCCCCGAGCCCCUGGGCAAGAGCAAGAGCAAGAAGCGGAGGAACAGGACGACCUUCAGCACGUUCCAGCUGGAGGAGCUGGAGAAGGUUUUCCAGAAGACGCAUUAUCCCGAUGUGUACGCCCGGGAGCAGCUGGCGCUGCGCACGGACCUGACCGAAGCCAGGGUGCAGGUUUGGUUCCAGAACCGCCGGGCCAAGUGGAGGAAACGGGAACGCUACGGGAAAAUCCAGGAGCUGCAGAACAACCUGUGGCCGAGCCCUGGGAGCCCCCCGGGGCUGCUGCCCCCCGAGCCCAUCCCGUCACCCUGCAUGUCCCCGUACCCCCCCGCUCCCAGCAACGGCUUCGUGGGCAUUGCUGCUUCCCCGGGCCCCCACCCCGGCAUCAACAGCCUCUACCCCCUGCACGGGCUGCCCCCGCCGGGCCUGGCCCCACACCCCUUCGAGCCGCCCCCCCAGCACGACUACAAAGCACCCAGCCUGAUGCCACUGAGGAUGAAGAGCAAAGAAGGGGCCGGGAGCCUCCUGAAUUGGGCCACAUGAUCCCCCCGCGGGAUGGACACGGAGCCCUCAUCCCCCCGGAGCGUACCCCAUCCCCGGGGCAGGGUGCUGGGGGUCACCUUCCCCCCUCCUCUGCACACCCCGAGCUUCCCCGCAUCCACCACCAUGGUGCUGUCCCUCCGCCCCCGCUGAGGGGGACAAAGGGGGGCUGUGGGGAGGAAAAAGAGGCGCCCCCAAAUCCAGGCUGCCCCAGCGGGGCUGGCACUGGCAGCUCGGGACCCCAGAAAUGGCUCCCCAAAAUACUCCAGCCCUCCCAGCACCUCCAGGGCCUGGGCUUUGAUGGAGAUUCCCGACGCUUUCCUCACCCCUCGUGUGUUCCCCCCCCCCAGGCACUGCCAGCCGCGGGUGUGGCUGGGGGAGCACCGGGACACGGGACUUUUGGGGACAAUUCUCCCCUCCCCAGCUGAAAUUUGGCCGCUCACCCCCUGCCCAGCUCAACCAGCAGUGCCAGAAAUUUGGGCUCUUCCUUUCCCAGUCCCAUACUGGGAUGGCUGCUGGUGCUUGGGGGUUACUGGGGGCAGGGCCAAGGAGCCCCAAAGCCCCCCCAGAGCAUCGCAGCUCGUUCUGCUCCCUCUGGGAGGGGAAAUCGGGCCCUGGCACAGCUCCUGGAGCCCCCUGGAAUGGGCAAUAAAUCCAUGAGGAUGGGGCUACCAGGAUAAAGCAUCCCAAAUUAAAGGCUGUUUCCCUGGGGGGGGUCACCCUGUUACCCCUCGGGAAGGUGUUUUAACCCCAGCAGGAGGGAACCCUGCCAGGAGCUCCAGCUGGGCUGCUGGGGCACAGCUGCUCGAGUCUGGGGGGUUCUGCACCUUGUGGUGGUGCCUGCAUGGCCAGUCUUGGGGGAGGGGGACACCCCACUGUAUCUGAGGUGGCUCAUCAGCUCUGGGGAUCCCCAGAGGGGCCCCCUGAGUCCCCACAAGGGCUGGUGCAUCCUGUUCCCCCCACUUCAUCCACUGUGAUCUCCCCCACUGCAGGGAAACAACACAAAAUGAAGCCAGGAACGACCCUGCUCACCCCAGCACCAAGAGAUGCUGGCCAAACCCACUCCCUGAAAACCUGCAACGCCCCCCUGCCCCAGCUCCCACAUCCUGAUGGGGGGACACCCCUGUGGAGCACCUGGGUGCCCUCGGGGAGGCACCAAACCUGCUGUUCCAGCCCCAUCGGGUUUUCAGCCAAGCCCUGGCACCACUGGCCACAGUGGGUGCCACAGGAGGCAGCCCAGGGCUGCCCACCCCCACCCAGGACACCUCACACCCCCUCCCACCGGUGGGGAUUUUGUUAUUCAUUUCUAAACAAUAAACCACAUUUUUCAUAAGUUAAUUAUGGCUCCAGCAGCCCUCCAAAGGCAGUGGGGCUGGGGAUGGAGAUUCCCAGCAGGCUCCUCAGGCCUGUUCUGGCACUGGCAAUGACAUUUGGGGGGCAGGAUGGUGCUGGAGGCACUCAGGUGGGUGCCAGGGGACCUUGGGGACACAUGCAGCCCUCCAGGAGGCACAUCCAGCCCCUGGCUCUGUGCUGCCCACGAUGUCAGGGUGCAGCACUGCACCUCCAGACGGACCCAGCUCACAUCACCCCCGGCUGAGGAGGAGGGUGGGAUGGGGACA